UUUAACCGCUUGCCUAAAUACCCAUUUAUUAUUUGCACAAAAUGCAAGGUUAGAUGUUGUGCAGGUAAGGCUAAAACCUAUUUGCGCAGAAAGCAUAAUUAUAUAAAUGCAAGGCAGCAAGCAAAAGUUAUAAAGGCAGUGGAGAGAUUAAAAGGUAUUGUGCAAAACUAG